AAGUUUGCUCUGUAGAUGGAUUUUCUAGUGGUUAUAUCGAUUAGUCGAUUUCCAUUGCAGUAAUCGAUAGACACUUUAGAGGAUGACCAUUUGACUUGUUGCACGUUUGAAAACAAACUUUCAAGAAUUGGCUACAACAGUGACUUUAUAUUUGUGAAGAAAUGCAGAAAGACUGAAAAAUGAAGUGAGCUGAUGAUAACUUGGAUGUCCAGGUGUUACAACCGAAAGAAGUUAUGAGUGAAAGCAGUGAUGUGGAAUCACCGUGAAAUGAAUGAAACAGAGUAGCAUACAGAUGGUAGGGACGAGUUAUGACUGUAAGUCUGUUAUUCAUGGAUACAGACCCUGGUAUUAUUUGUUUUCAACACUGUGAUUCUAAAGUAUUUUGUUUCGAAUUACCAGAAAAAUGUCCUGUGUGUCAAAGUCCUAUGGCGAAUACUGUACUUCCUCUUCCUCCAUUCAGGAUUCCGUACCCAUUUGUACGUGCAUCACAGCAUUCAUGUUGCAUAGUUAUGAAACCUACAAAUGGAGAUUUCCUCAAUGAUUACUUGAAUUCUAAAGACCUUCAUAUAGGAGUCACUUCAUCUAAGGGGUUAGUGGUGGAAUAUGAUAAAAAUGGAUUGCAGUAUGACAAAGCGAGCUUGUGGAAACAAUGCUUAAUAGUAGAUGGUGCUGAUGAGUCUUGGAGUGAAAUAUGGGAUAACACUUUAAGACACGUGUCCAGUCUAACCUGCUGGUCUCCUGAAAGGUACAAUGAAGAAAAUUUCAACUGCUACAAUUUUGUUUUGAAAUUUUUGCAAGAGUUGAGGUUUGGAGCCCUCAGUGCAGCCGCUGUCAGUAGAACAAGAUUUUGUGAAAGUUACAUUGUGCCUCAAACUACGACAGCAGGAAAAUACAUUUCUCUGUACCGAAAACUGAAAAAAAGUGGCUGCGUUAUUCACAGAAUAUCUUCAAAACACACUGCCUGUAACACACUUAAAUAGGGUGUGUUUGUAUAUGUUGCAGUAUUUUUGUUUUAUCAUCUAAAUGUAUAUUUUUGAAAUAAAAUUUAC